AUGACGGCAUCAAAAUUGAAUAUUGGUGCACGUUGCCCAUCUAAUACUUCUUUUUUUCAAAAAAAGCCUCCUAGAUCACUGCUCACUGUCAACAAGGGACCUAAAGAGAAGAAAUGGGCGAAUAGGGAGGAGUACAAGUUAGCUAGGAAGGAAGCUAAGUUAGAAGUUACGGCAGCUAAGACAACAGCUUUUAAGAGUUUGUAUGUGGGUUUAGAGGAGAGCUGCCAGGAGAAGAGGUUGUAUAGUCUUGCUAAGGCUAUGGAGCGGAAGGCCCGUGACCUUGACCAAGUGAAGUUCGUCAAGGAGGAGGAUGGAAAAGUAUUAGUGGAGGACGUUCACAUUAAGAGAAGGUGGCAGUCAUAUUUCCAUAGGCUCUUGAGUGGCGAGGGGAACAAAGAAAUUGUGUUAGGGGAGCUGGAACACUCGGAGGGGUGUCGUGAUUUUAGUAAUUAUAGACGUAUAAAGAUUGAGGAGGUCUUUGAGGCUACUCGUAGGAUGUAUAGGGGUAAGGCGACGGGUCCUGACGAGAUCCCGGUGAAUUUUUGGAAGUAUUCGAGCGGGGCAGGUUUGAGGUGGCUGAUCAUAUUGUUUAAUGGUAUUUUCAGGAUUGUGAAGAUACCCGAGACUUGGAGAUAG